CCGUGCCGUCCCGCCAGUGCCAGUGCCCAUUUCGGUCCAGUUGCCGCCGUCAUGAGGAGCCGGAGCAACUCGGGCGUGCGUCUGGACGGCUACGGGCGCCUGGUGCAGCAGACCAUCCUUCGCCACCAGGACGCGGUAACGGGGCUGCUCCCCGCCAGCGCCGAUCACCCGGACGCCUGGGUCCGGGACAACGUGUACAGCAUCCUGGCGGUGUGGGGUCUUGGCCUGGCCUACCGCAAGAAUGCCGACCGCGACGAGGACAAGGCCAAGGCCUACGAGCUGGAGCAGAGUGUGGUGAAGCUGAUGCGGGGUCUACUCCAGUGCAUGAUGAGACAGGUGGACAAGGUAGAGGCCUUCAAGUACAGUCAAAGCACCAGGGAUUGCCUGCAUGCCAAGUAUAACACCCACACCUGUGCCACCGUGGUAGGAGACCACGAAUGGGGUCACCUACAGAUGGAUGCUACCUCCCUCUACCUCCUCAUGCUUGCACAAAUGACGGCCUCAGGUCUCCACAUAAUUCACAGCUUGGAUGAAGUCAACUUUAUCCAGAACCUUGUGUUCUACAUUGAAGCUGCCUACAAAACUGCGGACUUUGGCAUUUGGGAGCGUGGAGACAAGACAAACCAGGGCAUCACUGAGUUGAAUGCCAGUUCUGUCGGCAUGGCCAAGGCUGCCCUGGAGGCACUGGAUGAGCUGGAUCUCUUUGGAGCCAAGGGAGGACCACAGUCGGUGAUACGGGUGCUGUCAGAUGAGGUGCAGCACUGCCAGUCCAUCCUCCACUCAAUGCUGCCCAGGGCCUCCACAUCCAAGGAGGUGGAUGCCAGUGUUCUCUCUGUCAUCUCCUACCCAGCAUUUGCCGUGGAGGACAGGGAGCUGGUGGAAAUCACCAAGCAGGAGAUUAUCACCAAGCUGCAGGGGCGCUAUGGCUGCUGCCGCUUCCUCCGGGAUGGGUACAGGACUCCCAAAGAGGACCCUAAACGCCUCUACUACGAACCUGCUGAGCUGAAGCUGUUUGAGAACAUUGAGUGUGAGUGGCCUCUCUUCUGGACAUACUUGAUGAUUGAUGGGAUUUUCAGUGGAAAUACUGAGCAGGUGCAGGAAUACCGGGAAGCCCUUGAGGGGGUUCUCAUCAAGGGGAAGAAUGGGGUACGCCUGCUGCCAGAGCUGUACAGUGUCCCAGCAGAUAAGGUGGAUGAAGAAUACAGGAAUCCACACACUGUGGACAGGAUACCCAUGGGCAAGCUGCCACACAUGUGGGGACAGUCCCUCUACAUCCUGGGUUGUCUGAUGGCUGAGGGGUUUUUAGCUCCCGGUGAAAUAGAUCCCCUCAACCGCCGUUUUGCGACUGUCCCUAAACCUGAUGUGGUGGUCCAAGUGUGUAUCCUGGCUGAAACAGAGGGAAUCAAGGCAAUCCUGCAGAAGGAGGGUGUUGAUGUGGAGACUGUGGCAGACGUCUACCCCAUCAGAGUGCAGCCUGCUCGCAUCCUCAGCCACAUCUAUGCCCGCCUGGGCCGCAACAAGCAGAUGUGCCUUACUGGACGGCCCUACCGGCAUAUGGGUGUCCUUGGGACCUCCAAGCUCUACAAAAUCAGGAGGAGCAUCUUUACCUUUACCCCACAGUUCAUAGACCAGCAGCAGUUCUACCUGGCUCUUGACAACAAGAUGAUUGUGGAGAUGCUGAGGACGGACCUCUCAUACCUGUGCAGCCGCUGGAGGAUGACUGGGAGACCAACCAUCACCUUCCCCAUCUCCCACACCAUGCUCGAUGAAACCAGCAGCAGUGUCCAUCCCACGGUGUUGGCGAUGCUGCAGAAGCUGCAGGAUGGGUAUUUUGGUGGUGCAAGAAUUCAGACCGGUAAAUUGUCGGAGUUCCUGACAACGUCAUGCCGAACGCACCUCAGCUUUAUGGACCCUGGGCCUGAGGGUAAGGUCUUUGCCAAGAGUUACAGGCUCAGCAGUGACAGUUUUGAGAAGCUAGAUGCCGAGGAGUGGCUGCAUGGCUUGCAGGUAGCAGAGGAUGAGGACACUGAUGAUGAGGUUGCUCAGUAUCUGGAUCACCUGCUGCAGCGCACUACUCCCCAGUCAAACCUGCCUCCCACCACCCAGCGGGGAGGGCUGAGCCGCUUCCGGGCUGCUGUCCACACCACCCGUGACCUCAUGUCCUUGGCAUCCAAGGCCAAGGACCUGCAUGUCCAGAAUGUUGGGAUGUAUGUUCCCAGCAGGAUCUUCCAGGCAUCACAGCAGUCGGUGAAGUUGCUGAGUGCACCCCACCAGCAUGACUUGGGUGGCAAGGGUGCUGGUGGUGCUAAUCAGCAGCAAGGGUCUCCCUUCCCCCAGAGCCAUGUGCCCUACGCAGAGAUGAACUUGCCACGUGAUGAGGAUGGCAACGUGGACUGCAAAGCACUGGUGGACCAGUUGUGCAUCUGCCCCACACUGCAGGAGCAAGCAGACAUCCUUUACAUGCUCCACAUCCUCAAGGGACCCGAGUGGCACACGGGGCUUGAUAGUGAGCCUGGCCCCACCGUCAAGGAACUCCUCACUGAGCUGUAUGUGCGGGUGGGAGAGACACGCCAGUGGGCCCUGAUCCGCUACAUCUCUGGCAUCCUCAAGAAGAAAGUUGAAGCUCUGGAUGAGGCCUGUACUGACCUCCUGUCUCACCAGAAACACUUGACAGUGGGGCUGCCCCCCGAGCCACGUGAGAAGACAAUCUCCACCCCAAUCCCCUAUGAGGAACUUGUUCGCCUUAUUGAUGAAGCCAGUGAGAAGAACCUUAGUGUGUCCAUCCUCACCCAGGAGAUCAUGGUGUACUUGGCCAUGUACAUACGCACACAGCCUGCACUGUUCGCUGAGAUGUUCCGCAUCCGCAUUGGGCUCAUCAUCCAGGUGAUGGCAACAGAGCUGGCACACUCCCUGCGUUGUUCAGCUGGAGAAGCCACGGAGAACCUGAUGAAUCUCAGCCCAUCAGACAUGAAGAGCCUCCUCUACCACAUCCUCUCUGGCAAGGAGUUUGGGGUGGAAAGGAGCGUGCGUUCAGUGGACUCAUCACUCACCACUGCUGUCUCCAUCUGUGACAUGGGAGCUGUUGGGACCACCAGGCCUGAGCGCACUGGCCUCGUCAGGCUGAAAAGUGAAAUCAAACAGCAAUUGGAUAAACGUAGGCAGUCUCUGCCUGGGAGUAAGCCCCUCAGUUUGCAGUCCCGGGACACUGACGUCAAGUUUUCUCUGGUAACCUGUGUUCAUUGGCUGCACAUGGGGUCUGUCCUGUUUGUGGUUGCAGGAAGGAGCUGUGCUCUGGGGCUGCUACAGGGAGUUGGGGCUGUAAAGCGGGCUUUGCUGGGGGCAGGGGGUGGCAGCUCUGUCUUGGGAAUGAUGCUGGAGAACCACAAACUCUUGAGCAGUAGCAAGCUGUGUUCCUGUGGGAUAUUUAACUUUGCAGCAGUCUCUGUGGUUCUUGUCUUGUCUGCCCAGUCUGCUGGGCACACAGAGCUGCUGGGCAAGGACUCCUUUUCAAGCAUGCUAGAAGACCAGAGCAGUAAGGACAACCGGCAGGGCCAGUGGCAGCGGAGGCGCCGGCUGGAUGGGGCCCUUAACCGUGUCCCUGUGGGCUUCUACCAGAAGGUCUGGAAGGUCCUGCAGAAGUGCCAUGGCCUCUCUGUGGAGGGCUUUGUUCUUCCCUCCUCAACAACCAGAGAGAUGACCCCAGGGGAAAUGAAGUUUGCUGUGCAUGUGGAAACUGUCCUCAACCGUGUGCCCCAGCCAGAGUACAGGCAGCUGCUGGUGGAAGCUAUCUUAGUUCUCACCAUGCUGGUGGACAUGGAGGUGCACACCAUUGGUGGCAUCAUAGCUGUGGAAAAGAUCUUGCACAUAGCCAAUGACCUCUUCUAUGAGGAACAGAAAGCCCUGGGCGCUGAUGAGCGUAUGCUGGAGAGGGAUCCUUCGACAGGCAUCUGCAGCCUGCUGUAUGACAGUGCACCGAGCGGCCGGUUUGGCACCAUGACCUAUCUGUCCAAGUCGGUGGCCUUGUACGUGUAUGACUUUCUGCCCACAGAUGGCUGCUCCAUGCAGUAGCCCUUGCAGUUCCUCACUGGGUUGUAGGUGCUCUGGGAUGGUUGUUUCAUACAUCUUGCAAAGAUGAACACUAGGUUAGUUUGCAAGGCAGCCUGCGUGGCCAUCUCUCCUCCCAGCCCUGGCCUCCUGGUGGGUGAGCAGUCCUCUCAGGAACUCCACAGGAGGCACAUGUCCUAAACUGACCUGGGCCUCUGUGGCCUGCGGAGCAAGGGAAAGGCUUAGCUUUGAAGCAUGCUUGUGUUAGAAAGUUCUGUCUGCAUGACUCCUCCUGAACCAUCACCCCUGGAAAGACCUCUGAGGAAGUUGGAAAGGGCUCCCCUGACCAGACCUGUGUGCUCAGCAUUACAAUGCUUUCUGACCAGCUCACACUCUCCCUGCCUUCAGCAGGUUUGCAGUUUUUAACUUCUGUGCCUUUUUUUUUAUUCCAAAUCUGCAGGAUUUAUGCUAGUGUAGGCUGAGGCUCUUGCUCUUCCUGUUGCUGAUGGAAAAGUUUUGCUAGAGGAAUAGGGGAUGGUGCCUGAGCCUUUCUCCCAGCUCAUGCAAAAUCAGUACAGUCCAGCCCAGCAAUAGCUACGUUGCUUUGGAAGCAGGCAGUCCAUCAUCCUCCCUGGGCGUCCUGUGUGCAGAGCUGGGGAGGUUGUGGUAGCCAGGAUCCCUUUUACCUCCAAGCUGCUAGUACAGGGCUUCUGGCUGGCUGGGACACCUCUAUCCCUAGCAAUGGUACUCGUGGCCAAGUCACAGGCUCCUGAGUUCUCGUGCCCUGCGAAGCAGCUCUGAGCUGGCUACUUGGAGUUACCUGUGCAAUCAAAACCAAGAUUUUAAUACUCAUCUUUGGCUUCUGCCCCAUCUCUGACAGCCUGGCACCGAGACGGUGGGGACAUAGUGGAUCCCUGCUCUAAUCUAUCCUGCAGGUCAGCCCCCACUCAGGAUGGUGUGGUUGGACUGAUGAGGAUCAGGCACACACGCCACAAAGUGGUGGAGGACAUGGGGUUCCCUUUUGGCUCCCUAGUUUGCCUCCCUAAGACUUCAGUACACUCAGCACAUUAAGCAGCAGGCCAAGAACCCUCACUCACACUCCCUGACCUUGUAAUGUCCCACAACUUGUCACAGGCCAGCCAGCCUGAUAUCAUCUAUGUCCCCCUCCAAGACUGGUUUACAGCUGUCAGUGAGCAAGCUCUGAGCAAAAAUCCCCUUCCUCUUUGGGAAAGGUUGAUCCCAUCUAAGUAUUGUUAAAAAAGUAUUAAAAAAAAUGAAAUUGUGACAGUGACAUCAGCCACCAAGCCAUA